UUGCUGAAACUUUUCUCCAACAAAAGGUAUCAUUUUCCAGGUACUGCUUUAGGAUUCCUCCUUGUCCAUAUCUCCAAAUUUCGUUUCUUCAUCAAUACCAAACUCCCAUUUCUUCCUUUACUUCUCUCAUCAUGGGGACUCUUCUCAGGCUAUUUUCACCACCACCUGCAAUAACUGCUGACAAGUUCUUAGCCUCUUCUCCAAUACCCAAUAACACAUAUUCAAGGAAGAGUCGUUAUAGGAUCCAAAGCAGCAAGUUUGGAAGCUUCCUUGACUUGAAGCCUGAGUCGACACAGCCUGAAUGCUUGAAUUUUGAUCUUCCAUGGUUCGACCCGGCUUCGGCUCGGCCUCAGUUUGACGUCAUCAUCAUCGGCACCGGCCCGGCCGGCCUUCGUCUAGCGGAGCAACUCUCCGGCUAUGGAAUUAAGGUAUGUUGUGUCGACCCUUCGCCGCUUUCUAUGUGGCCUAAUAACUAUGGGGUUUGGGUUGACGAGUUUCAGAGCUUGGGGCUUGAGGAUUGCUUUGACAAAACAUGGCCGAUGAGUUGUGUCUACAUUAAUGAAAACAAGACCAAAUAUUUGAACCGCCCCUACGGUCGUGUCAGUAGGAAAAAACUGAAAACGGAGCUAAUAGAAAGAUGUGUUUCCAGUGGAGUUAUUAAAUUUCAUAAGGCCAAGGUGUGGAAAAUCGAGCACCAGGAGUUUUUGUCUUCCAUUUUGUGUGAUGAUGGGAAGGAGUUGAAGGCAAGCUUGAUUGUCGAUGCCAGUGGCUUUGCAAGCACUUUUACAGAAUAUGAUAAGCCAAGGAACCAUGGGUAUCAGAUUGCUCAUGGAAUUUUGGCUGAAGUGGAUGGCCACCCUUUUGACUUGGACAAAAUGGUUCUCAUGGAUUGGAGAGAUUCCCAUCUGGGAAAUGAGCCUUAUUUGCGGGUGAAUAAUUCAAGGCUUCCUACUUUUCUGUAUGCAAUGCCGUUUGAUUCAAGCUUGAUAUUCCUAGAAGAAACUUCUCUGGUUUCUCGGCCUGUGUUGUCUUAUAUGGAGGUGAAGAGAAGGAUGGUUGCAAGACUAAGACAUUUAGGAAUUACAGUGAAGAGGGUUUUGGAGGAUGAAAAGUGUUUGAUUCCAAUGGGAGGCCCUCUUCCCAGAAUCCCUCAGAGUGUGAUGGCCAUUGGUGGGACUUCUGGGGUUGUGCACCCUUCAACUGGGUACAUGGUGGCUCGGACCAUGGCUCUAGCCCCGAUCUUAGCUGAUGCCAUUGCCGAGUGCCUUGGCUCGACUAGGAUGGUUAGAGGGAAGCCACUUCAUCAUAGAGUGUGGAAUGGCUUGUGGCCAAUUGAGAGGAGGUACACAAGGGAAUUUUACUCCUUUGGAAUGGAGACUCUGUUGAAGCUUGAUCUGAAUGGGACUAGGGGGUUCUUUGAUGCUUUCUUUGAUUUGGAUCCUUAUUACUGGCAAGGUUUCCUUUCCUCAAGGUUGUCUCUCCAAGAGCUUGUUCUGCUAAGCUUGUCCCUGUUUGGACGUGCCUCAAAUCCAUCCAGGUUUGAUAUUGUUACAAAGUGUCCUGUACCCUUGGCCAAAUUGAUGGGUAAUCUAGCUCUAGAAACCAUUUAAUGGUGGAAGGUUGCAGCACAUAUUUUGACUAGGAAAUUUCCGUGUGUUAUUUGAGAACAUUA